UUCAAUACGACCUGGCUCUCACCUCGGAGUCCCCCACACCCGGAGCCUGAACCCGCGAACUUUUCUGCCCCCUCCAGGUUUGGGCUCGGUGGUCCCCCGGCUGCCAAGGCGCCGCGGGAGAAGCAGGAAUUAUCAAGACAAGACAGAUGCUGUAAAGGUACCAAAAAAUGGAUAUUAUGACAGAUUGUUAGUGUUUGAUCCAACGGAAAAAGAGAUGAUUGAACCAAAUGAAGAUAUGUCAAGACCAAGAUUGGCAAGCAAACCUUAUACCUCAACAACGCCAGUCUCUCUAAAUGUAGCUAAGACAUUCUCAGAAAAGAGGGAAGUCUCUUCAGUGAAUAUUGAGUAUAAAGCCACUUUAAAGAAUAAUGAAAAUAGAGUAUCAUCGAAGAGUAUUGGAAAUAAAGAUACAUUAACAAAUCUACAGUCUAAGCUGUGGUCGUCUUCAUUCUUAAAAGAAGGCACAGGUACAGUGGGCAAAGAUCCGAUCAUUGCAAAACAGGAGAAAAAUAACAAGUAUUGCCUUCAGGACACUAAUGAUAAAUUGUCAGAAUCAACAGAUGACGAUGGGGAAGAUGAUACCAGUGACAAAGAUGAUGAAAACAGUAACCCUAAUAAAGUUACUCGUGCCCCAUUAGAGUUAAUGGCCGAAUUCUUGAGAGCAGAAAUGGACCGAGACUACCAUCUGGCGAAAAAAUUAUGUCAGAUGAUCCUUAUCUAUGAACCAGAAAAUCCUGAGGCCAAAGAGUUUUUCUCACUUAUUGAAGAAGUGCUGUUGAUGGAGAAAACUCAGAGCCUUGAGGAAGAUGAUGAAGACAGUGAAGAAGACAGUAGCGUUGAGAGCGAAGGAGAAAGCAGCGAGGAGCCUAGUGAAGAGAGCUCUGAUGAAUGUGAAGAUGGGUGAUGAAUGCUGAUUUAAGCUCUGUGCAUUUUCAUGCUUCAUGCAUGUACACCAUGGAAUUUUCAUUAAUGUAUACCACGGAAAUAUAAAGAGAACUAUAUAUUGUCUAAUUGUUCCGUAUAUGCUGCAGAGUUCCUUUAAUUUAUCCACCUCCUUAGUUUGAGCUCCUUCUUAAUAAUUAGUCAUCAGCUCAAUGUGAGUUCCUCAGAGAGGAAAACAGUAAUUGCAAAUACUGACAGCACCAACUACAUGCCAGGUACUGUUCAAACGGCUCUACAUAUAUUUAAUUAAUUCAGCAACCCCAAGAGGUAGUACUGUUAUUAUAUCCACUCUAGAGAAGACGGAAGUUCACUGGCACAAGUUGAGUAUGGGAAGUGUAUUAGUUUUCUGUGACUAACAAGGCACGACAAGCUUAGUGGCUGAAAACAAUGAAAAUUUAUUUUCUUACAGUUCUGGAGGUCAGAAGUCCAAAAUCAGUCUCAGUGGGCCAAAAUCAAGGUGUCAGUAAGGCUGCAUUCCUUCUAGAAGCUCUAAGGGUGAACCUAUUUCCUUGCCUUUUCUGGCUUUUAAAUAAAGCCCAACCUUCAUUCUUUGAUUCAUGGCCCCCUUUCUCCGUCUUAAAAGCCAGCGAAGUCUGGCCAAGUCCUUAUCAUGCUUCUAUCUCUCUGCUUCUCCCUCUUCUGGCCUCCCUCUUCUACUUUAAGGACACUUAAGAUUACACUGGUCUACCCGGAUGCUCCAGUAUUAGCUCCCAACCUUAAGGCCAGCUGAUGAGCAAACUUAAUUCCAUCUGCAACCUUAAUUCCUCUUUGCCAUGUAACCUAACAUAUUCACAGGCUCUACAGAUUAGGGCGUGGGUAUCUUUUCUUUUGGAGAGGGGGAUAGGGAGAGCAUUAUUCUGCAUAUCACAGAAAAUGAUGGGUAAAUGUUAGCUAGUUUUUUGGAAUUCAUGGUAUGGAGCUUGGAAAAGACAUUUGGGCUGAAGAUAUAUACCUUUAUUAGGAGUCAUCAGCUUAGAGAUAGUAAUCAAAGGUGGGAGUGAAUGGCCCACAGAGAGAGUGCAGUCUGACAAGAAGAGGACCAGGGAUAGAAUUAUGAUCACCAACAUUUAAGUGUUAGUCUAAGAAAGAGAAAUGCACAAAGGAGACAGAGAACAACCAGGAGGAAAGUCAGGAAGGAGAAUAUAGUGGCUACUCGUGGUUGCCUACUCAGCAUCCAUUCCUUUCCUCUUCUUUGCUAAGAGAGCCCUGACUCUGUUCACAUAUUCACUUCACACACAUGGCCAUGGAACUCAGGAAAUGUGACAUCGCCCUCGGUCAGUCAGUACAUGGCAUUUCUCUGGCGACUGUUAUCCUUUAGAGGAGGACAUGUGACCUACAUUGGCCCCAUCAGACAAGGACUUUAUUUCGUGAUUAUGAGGAGAGAUUGCUCCGCUUCUCUGGAGAAGAACCAGGAAGCAUGCUGUCUCAGUUACUGCUGGCAGCUGUCGUCUGAUCUUGAGGAGAACUAGUCUCAGGAUAAAGCUGAUGCUGUGAGUGCUAGAGCAGAAAGAAGCUAGGUCCCUGAUCAUGUUCAGCCAGUGAAACAGCUACCCCAUUAGCCAAACUCCAUUUGAGCUUUCUGUUACGUGAGAUAAACUUUCUUAUUGUGUAAACCAGUUUGGAUUAAGGUUCUUUUUACUUGCUGUCAAAAGCAUCUUAACUGAUAUUGAGUACCACCACAGAAACCUAAACAAGAGCAGGUUUCAAAAAGCCUGGAAAGAUCUACUCAGCCAAAAGUUGCAGAGAGGACAAGUAAAAAAACUAAAAUAUGUAAUUGAAUAGCAACAAAGAGGUGGUUGUUGACUUUAAGGAGUGUAGUGUCAGUUGAGUGUGGAAGGGGGAAGCCAUAUUUCAGUGAGUGAGUAAACUGGACAUGAGAAAACGGGAAGGAGUUUGACUAUGAAGGAAAUAAGAAGAAGUAUUGUUGGAGGAGAAGAUAGGGUAAAAGAUGUAUUAUUUUUGAAAUGUUUAAGGUGAGCAUGUUAAAUUGAAAGGAUGAUAAUAACGUAGUGAUAGCGUGUUAUGUGUUAGACACUGUACUAAACAUUUAAUAUGUCAAUGAAUUUAAUUUUCAUAACACCUGUGUGGACUAGACAUUAUUAUUUCCAGUUUACAUAUGAGGAAACUGAGGCCCAGAGCGAUUAAAAGUAACCUUAUAAAGGGCACAUAGCUGAUAAUUGACAGAUUCAAAUCCAGAUCAUUCUCCUCUAAUGCCCUGGUCUUCACCACUGUGCUUUCCUCCCUUAGAUGCAAGUAGAGAGGAAGAGAUUAAAGAAAGGAGGAUAAUUUAUGAAGUGAACACUGUCUAAUAACUUAGAAAAUGUGUAUAAUAUAACAAAGUAAAUUUUAAAAGCAGAUAACAAAACUGUAUCCAUGGGGAAAAAAAAGAAAAAUUGUAUCCAUGGUUUAUGUGACAUUUGGACCUCUGCCCCAAGGAGUCCCUGUGUGGGAGCUUCUCCUUUGUUCUCCAGUGGUGGUCCUUUAAUAGUCUUCAGUUACAUUUCCAUGUAUAUUGAACAAGGUGAUAACCUGCAUUCUGUUUAAUCGAAAUGUGCCUUUUCCUUUGAACUUUACCCUGGUUGACGUGUAAGAUGUAUGUAAUUGUGGUAUUUGCCUGAAGUAUUGAUGUUGAUCAAAGGAGAGCACCUGAACAGUAUGCAUGGUGCCAGAUGUGAAGUAAAGUCCAGAUCCAUUGGAAUUGUUUUGGGGUUCUGGGCAAGUGUCCUAUAUCAUGCGGUAAUGAGAAUUCACAAGAGGCAGGUAAGAUGAGGCCACCCCAGGCCAAACUGAGGAGGGCAAAGUUUUCUCUGAUCAACUGUCAUCAUGAACUCCUAGCUUGUCAUAGCAUGUGAGUUGCUGUGGUAACGGGGAGGGGGAAGUGUGCAAAACUUGGGGAGGCUUGUGAAGUGAAGCACUGGGAGAUAAGAUUUGUUAUAGGCUUGUUUAAAAUGUACCCUUUUGAACCAGACAGUCUAUACCAGACAGCACUGUGGUCGUCUGGUAUAGUCUAAAGUAAGCAUGCUAAUCCCACCCUCCUUGCCACUAGUUUUUGCUACACAUUUUAGCUGGUAAAGCAUGAGGAGGAGCUAGGGGUGAACAAGAAAGUAUGUCACCCCAAUGGCUACUAGCAGCCAUCUUAGCACUUUGAGUAGGCCUUACGCUGAAGCCAGUGCUAGGAUAGCAGAGCAGAAGGAAGAACCUGAUCCUUAAUGACAUUUUUUAGUGGUUGAAUCAACCAACUCUAACGUAGUGCCUGUGCUAUGUCUCAAUAUCUUAUGUAAGACAAUGAAUUUUCUUAUGAUUAAGCCAGUUUUUUUUUUAGGUCUUAUUUUUAACUGAGAGUGACCUACAUCCCCUAAGGGUGUGUAAGCCAAGUCCCCAAGGGUUCGUGGCCACUGAAAGCCAGGGAAGGGCAAUAGGUGGUUCCUUGUGGCAGUAGCAGUAUGAGUGAAGUUACGAAUUGAAACUGAUCAGAAUGGUUAUCUCUGGGGCAUGGAACUUAGAGUGGGAAGUAGGAAAGAAGAGUUUUACUUUUCAUUUUACACCUUUUAUUUAUUCCUUAAUUUUUUUUUUUUUUAAUCAUUGCAUGUAUCAUUCUUGUAAUUUAGAACUUUUAAAUUAUCCUAUACGUGGAAAGGGAAGGAUCAGGAAAAAAAUUAAUAAAAAUGCUUUCCGUGGUUGUGCUUGGGUGAUGAUAGUUCAUUUUUCUUCAUUUGAAAAUCUUAGGCUUCUUUAACAACCUAACAUUACUUUAAA